UUGAAGAUAUGUAAUAUUUGUAUCAUUUAAGCUUUUCAUGUCAUUGAAAUGCUAACACGUCUAAUCAAAACAUAUUUUGUUGAAAUGCAUUCCAUUGUUUGUUAAAUCUCAUUUUGUGUGAUGUCACAUCGUUUGUGUUGUCUUAAACGAACGAAGGCAAUACAUGACUAUUUCAAAAUUGUGAACAUAAAUGGGGGCUACAUUUGCAAUCAAUGCUUCGGUGUUGUGGAAAGGUCUCAGAAAUGCUACACCUGCACAGAUAUAACCUGUAAUGGUCUACACAGCACAGCACGGCAGAAGAACAGUGAUAUUAAAAUUGCGUAAAGUAGGCCUACUUGAUGACAACCUCACACUUUUAAAAUUCUCCUACUUGCCGCUACAUGUUCGCGAGACUCGUAUUAAGUAUGCAGAUACAAUUUUGUUCUCCGCUUCAAAUAAUCCAUUGGUCUCAACAGACAUUGUUAAGCUAACUGUGGUCCAGAAUUUAAAGGACAGUUGAUCAAGCUGCUCAACGACUAUGUUUAAUUAUGAGAACUAUGAGAAGUAAGCGUUGACAUUCGAAGAUCCACUGGUCGCACAUGCUGGGCGGAGACGGCACAGAUAAGGUGAGUCACUUCAGAUUUGCGAAAUGGGAACGCUUUUGUCUGUGAGCUGUCUGGAAUUACGGGCGCUCAGUGUGGCAUUCGCUGCUACGAACUGCGUGGGAGAAGUACGGCACCGCUGAUUAAGUUUGGCGUGGAAAUCACCUUUCGAGAGCAAGCAAAGGAAAGUGAAUCAAAGCAGCAAUCAUGUGCGACGUACCGACCAGGGAGGAUGGCACAGUGACCAGAUCUGCAGAGUAUGUUGGCUCCUUUCCUGUGGAUGACCGCUGCUUGGACGAGCAGAUUCAACAGCUGCACAUACAGCUGAAGGCUCUCAGGAACUGCAAGAGAAGGAGGUCGGUCUCUCUGAAGUUCUCCGUCAAAGGAGUGAAAAUUUACAAUGAGGAUGAGACCACACUCCUCAUGGCCCACGCCUUGCGGAGGAUCUCCCUGUCCACAGCUCGUCCUUCCGAUUCCCAGUUCGCCUUUGUUUCCCACAACCCAGGCAGCGCUGACACCCAGCUCUUCUGCCACCUCUUCCAGGCCAGGCACACCCGAGCAGCUCAGUUCCUGAACCUGCUGCUGUGCCGUUGCUUCCAGCUCUCUUACCUAGAGCACCACCCAGAGGAGGCCCAGGAUGAGUCGUCUGAGGGGACGAAGCUCACCCGCGUCCCCUCCCUCCUCAACCAAGGCUUCCCCCUCAGUGUCAGCGCCCUGGUGUCUUUUAGACGAGCACCUUUCCUGGGGCUCUUCCCGGGUGCCAAGAACCAGUCUAAGUCCAGCAAUGAGCAGCAGCAACAGCACAGUAGCCCAGAAGAAGGGCUUAUCACCUCACCCACACUGGUGCGCAAGAAGGUCAUCCGCAACAAGGGCCUGAGCUCCGGGGCCUACCGCUCCUUCACCUGCACGCCACUCAAACAGCGCCAGCUGCAGGAGCGGAUGAACCACACAAAAGGAAAGGAAAAGGACAAUCCAGCGCACCGUGCACAUACUCCAAGUCUGGCCGAGUCAGAAGAAGCCUUGGCUCAAGCGGUGUGGUCCUGGGCUGGUCUAUCUAGUGACAGCAGUUCUGCUCUGCUUGCUGAGGAUGUGCUUGGUGCCUACCUGCUGUGCCCCCAUCCCAAGAAACCCAGUCGCGGUACCCUGAUCAUACGAUUCCCCUCUGGCCUGGCCACCCAAGCCAUCAAGAACAGCUCCAAAAGCAGAUAUCUGCUGGAGGGAUGUCACAUCGAAUUUGACAACGUGUCAGCCCUAAUAGAAUACUACACAGAGUACAAGGGGGAACUGGAAUGUCCACUGAACUGUGCCCGAGUGAACCACUGCUAUGAGUGGGAGGAAAACAACAGCAAACCCCAAAAUGCACUUCCACAGUAUAGCCGCAAGAGGGCCACUUCCAAGGAUGGUGGGAGAAGCUGGGACUGAAUCUUAGAUUUGGGCUGUGAAGGUGGUCUAUCAGGGCUCCUGGAAGCGUAAACUUUUAUACAGUUUAAUUAUUUCAACUCCAUUUGAAACAUUUAGUGGUAUUCCCUUCUACUUGUUCAGGAUAUAUAGGCUACUGAUUGUCAUUUAUGAAUGUGGCACUUUUUUCCCCCCCAAUCAAUUCUACUGGUUCCUUUGACUCAGCACUUGGUUGGGCCUAUACAUGUUAUUUAUGUGUUUUUUUUUUUUGUUUGUAGAAAAGUCACUUGAGUUAUUUUGUAUUUUAAUAGAUAGCCAGCAGCAUGCUGAUUUAACUUCAGAAUUAUUUAUUCAUAUUUAAACUUUAGGUUGUGAUGUAUGAAUAUCUGUAAUUUACAAACUACUGUCUACUUUCAAACAACUACUCCAAACCUUAUUUUGUUUCGUCAGUAAUGCCGACAUAUUUUUGCCAACAACCACGUCCUCUCCUCUAAUUUCUACUGUUUUCUACCUUUCUCAUAUGAAUGUGGGAUAUUCUUGGUUACUGAAAUUCUUAUUAUAUGUAGCAUUUAGAUUUUAUAUGUGGCAACUUUUUAUGUGUUUUAACUGUCCUCUAUUUUCGAGGACUUAAUUUCACAUUUUGUAGUUGACAUUCAUAUUUUUAUAAACAGUCUUUAACUACAA